UCUCUCCUUUUAGAUAAAAAAAAAUUCCAAAACAAAUUAGAAAUAGAAAAUAAGUGCCAAAUUCACAUUCAUAUAUAUUUAGAUUUAGAUAACAAAAUAGCUGCAAAAUUACACACAGAAAACAGAGAGAGAGAGAGAGAGAGUGGCCGUUUGAACGGCCACCUCCAUCUCCACCUCAACACACCUGUUUGGCCACUCCUCCAUCUCUCUUUAUUCCUUUCCCUCCUAUUUUCUGCUUUUCCUUUUUCCUCCAAAAAAAACAUUCUCAAAAAAACAUCAUAGGAAAAAGGAAAAACAACAAUCUGGGAUAACCCCACAAAAAAAAAAAAAAAAAACAUUUUUUUCUCUUCUUCUUUCCAAUGUCACCACCACCACCUUAGAAAGAAACAAUUUUUUAAUAUUAAGUUCUUAAUUGUUGGUGUUGUUGUGAAAGUUGAAAAUUGUUCAACUAAGAGAGAAAGAAGAAGAAGAAAAUGCAGCAUAAUAUAUUUGCUACAAUGCGUAGUUUAAAGAUCAUGGAUGGUUGCAAAGGUGGUUCUCAGGUUUAUCACCACCGUUCUUCCGGUGGAGGAAGCGGUGGAAUAGGUGAAAAGCUUCUUCAACAGCUUCAUGAUCAUAUUAAAAGUCAAACAUUUAGAACCAAAUCUGUUCAUAAUUUUCAUAAUUUCCCAACACCGAAUCAGACACCGUCUGAGGUUGUUGCUGAAGGAUCUCUUUUGCCUUAUGGGCUGCCCAUGACAGAGCUUUUAGAGCCGAAGAUUGAGCCGGUUUUGAGACCGGUUGAUUUUGUAGAAAGGUUGGCUGGAUUGCAUAAUAAGAUUGAGAAUUGUUUGGAUGUUGAGAGGUCUGAGGUUUAUUUGGAGCAUUGUUCGAUUUUUAAGGGAUUGUCUGAUGUGAAAUUGUUUCGCAGGAGUCUAAGGUCAGCACGACAACAUGCUGUGGAUGUCCACAGCAAAAUCGUGCUGGCCUCAUGGCUCAGGUAUGAUAGGAGGGAGGAUGAGCUGAUUGGCUCGUCCUCGAUGGAUUGUUGUGGAAGGAAUAUUGAAUGUCCUAAGGCUACUUUGGUUGCUAAUGGGUAUGAUCCAGAAUUGGUUUAUGAUCCUUGUAGUUGUCUACGUGAUUGUGAUGAGGAGGAGGAGGAUUUUAUGAUGUUUGAUGAUCAACAAUGCUCUACCCCGGAUGAGGAUGAUGGAGGGUGGGAUAUAUCGUUUUGUAUCGGUGAUGAUGAAAUUAGGUGUGGUAGGUUCAAUAUGGCUUCGCUUUCGAGGCCGUUUAAGACAAUGUUGUAUGGUGGAUUCAUAGAAUCACGGAGAGGGACAAUAAAUUUUUCAAGGAAUGGGUUUUCUGUAGAGGCAAUGAAGGCUGCCGAGGUUUUUAGUAGGACUAAAAGUUUGACCACGAUUGAGCCUAAUGUGGUUUUGGAGUUGUUGUCUUUGGCGAACCGGUUUUGUUGCGAGGAGAUGAAAUGUGCUUGCGACACAUAUUUGGCGUCGCUGGUUUCUGACAUGGAAGAUGCCUUGUUGCUCAUUGAGUAUGGACUUGAGGAGACUGCGUAUCUUUUGGUUGCGGCUUGCUUGCAGGUGGUUUUGAGGGAGCUACCUGCUUCGUUGCAGUGUUCGGGUUUUGCGAAAUUGUUUUGUAGUCCAGAGGGUAGGGAUAGGCUUGCUGCGGCAGGGCAUGCGUCGUUUGUUCUGUAUUAUUUCUUGAGUCAAGUUGCAAUGGAGGAAGAGAUGAGGUCGAACAUAACCGUGAUGCUCGUGGAGAGAUUAGUAGAGUGCGCAAAAGACGGAUGGGAGAAACAACUUGCAUUUCACCAAUUUGGUGUUGUUAUGUUUGAGAGAAAAGAAUACAAAGAUGCACAACAUUGGUUUGAGGUAGCCGUGGAGGCAGGGCAUGUUUAUUCGUUAGUCGGAGUUGCAAGGGCCAAAUAUAGACGCGGUCAUACAUAUGCGGCAUAUAAGAUUAUGAACUCGCUAAUUAAUGACCAUAAACCUGUUGGAUGGAUGUAUCAGGAAAGAUCUUUGUAUUGUUUUGGGAAGGAGAAAAUGAUGGACUUAAUCUCUGCGACCGAAUUAGAUCCAACGCUUUCGUUUCCUUACAAAUACCGAGCUGUUUCUUUGCUGGAGGAGAGCAGAAUUGGACCUGCCAUUGCAGAAAUAAACAAAUUAAUCGGUUUCAAACUUUCUCCUGACUGUCUGGAAUUGAGGGCUUGGUUCUUGAUUGCCAUGGAGGAGUACGAAGGAGCACUAAGAGAUGUUCGGGCAAUUUUGACAUUGGAUCCAAAUUAUAUGAUGUUCUAUGGAAAUAUGCAUGGUAAUCACUUGGUAGAACUACUCAGUCCUGUUGUUCAGCAGUGCAAUCUGGCUGAUUGCUGGAUGCAGUUGUACGACCGAUGGUCCUCUGUCGAUGACAUUGGUUCGUUGGCUGUUGUACACCAGAUGUUAGAAAAUGAUCCAGGGAAAAGUCUCUUGCGUUUUCGGCAAUCUCUCCUUUUGUUACGGCUAAAUUGUCAAAAAGCAGCCAUGCGUAGUUUGCGUCUGGCUAGAAAUCAUUCUACUUCUGACCAUGAAAGGCUUGUAUAUGAAGGAUGGAUACUGUAUGACACCGGUCAUCGUGAAGCAGCAUUAGAAAAGGCGGAGGAGUCAAUUUCUAUUCAAAGAUCAUUUGAAGCUUACUUUCUCAAAGCUUAUGCAUUAGCUGACACAAAUCUCGAUUCUGAGUCUUCAGAGUAUGUUAUCCAUCUCUUGGAGGAAGCUCUUAGAUGUCCUUCAGAUGGUCUUCGUAAAGGGCAAGCACUAAAUAAUCUUGGGAGUGUGUAUGUAGAUUGUGAUAAGCUGGACCUUGCAGCUGACUGCUACAUGAAUGCACUCAACAUCAAGCAUACACGAGCCCAUCAGGGGUUGGCGCGUGUAUAUCAUCUUAAAAGACAGAGCAAAGAUGCAUAUGAUGAGAUGACAAAGCUAAUAGAAAAGGCUUGGAACAAUGCAUCGGCUUAUGAGAAACGGUCGGAGUAUUGUGGUCGUGACAUGGCAAAGAGUGAUCUUAGUAUGUCAACACAUUUGGAUCCUCUAAGGACUUAUCCUUACAGAUAUAGGGCAGCAGUUUUAAUGGAUGAUCAUAAAGAAGCUGAAGCAAUCGAAGAGCUUUCAAGAGCCAUUGAAUUUAAGCCAGAUCUUCAACUCUUAAAUCUUAGAGCAGCCUUUUACCAUUCAAUAAAUGAUUUCGCUUCUUCCAUCCGAGACUGCGAAGCAGCCCUUUGUCUUGAUCCAGGCAACGCCGAGACGCUGGAGACUUAUAACAAAGCACAGGAGGAUAUUAAGAAACAAAAGUGAAAGAAUCAGAGAUUAGAAAGAAUACAUGUUUUUCCCAAGUGUUCCCUGUGGACACAAGGCUAUUCUUGCCAACAUGUACUUUUUCAAAAAACAUGAAGGACCAGUAAAUCAUCAGUGCUAUUUAUAUGUUUUAGCUUUUGUCUCAAGCAAAAGGUAUGGUCCAUAAUUUUCAACUGACCUUGUGGAAGCAGAAUUUCAGAAAGGAAAAGUUAGAAAGCUCAUUUGGGUUGACACAGAAAGGGAAAGUAGAGGAGCAGGAUUUCUUGUAAAUAUAUGUAACUAUGGCUAGUGCACAGAAUCGCAGCUAUUAUGCUACAACAGCUCAAAAAUAGCGAGGAGAGUUCCUUUGUUAGAAAAAACAUGUAUAUGAAAAUUCAAUUUAUGUAAGUCCAAGAUUUAGAUCUUUACUACCAUUGUAUUUUUGGCUGAGCAUUUGUUAAUACGCAUUGUGUUGUAACAUUUUGUCACUUCUCUGUUGUAUAAAACACAAUUUCCCCUGGUGAAUGUAUGUUUGUGAUCAGUUCUUUUUGGUGAA